AUGUUUUGCAUUUUUGUUGGCGUAGAAUGUGCCACGGACUUUGAUCUGGUCUUUGUUAUUGAUGGCAGUGGUAGUAUCGAACACGCAGGAGUUGGAAACUUCAAAAAGAUAAAGGACUUCAUCAAGGAUAUUGUUAAUGGUUUCAACAUUGGCUUCGACAAAACGCACGUUGGGGCACUCAUCUUUUCUUCGUCAGUCAAAAAGGUGUUUGGCUUAGACGAGCACUAUUCUAAAUCUGGCAUCAAUAGUGCAAUCGAUAAAGUAAUAUAUCCGUCUGGAGGUACAUAUACGGGAAAAGCUCUACGCAUGGCAAGGAAAAAGAUGUACACCAAAAGCGGAGACAGAGAGGACAAACCUAACGUGGUUAUCGUUAUCACUGAUGGAAAAGCUAAUGAUGAUGUUGAAGGUCCUACUAAUCAGCUUAGAAACCUACCUGCUGCCAUAUUUGCUAUCGGAGUUGGCACCAAUUUUGACCGAGCUGAGUUAGAGAAGAUUGCUGGUAGUUCAGCCAAUGUCUUCACCGCCGACUUCGACAAUUUGGGUCAAAUUAUAGAAAAUAUCAAGCAAUCGGUUGGUAAAGGUCAGUUUCUCUUUGCUGUCCCUAAUCUAGCUAGCGACUGUUUUUUACUAAAGUAGUAUAGGGCGCACCGGUUGCUCCUCUUUUUUGCGCAGGAAUCUCAUUAGCGUGCGCAGGAAUACAUUAACUAGGUGACGUCAUAUGGUAUUGUCUUGAUCUCAUUAACUUGCGGUGGAAUCUCAUUAAGUAUAUCCAGUUUGACGGGUUUAUCAAUGAUGCCAUGUUCUAUUUUUUAUCUUGGGGCGGUCAUGGUUGGUAUAACCGGUUUGACAGGUUUUAGUUAUUUUCGGAAGAUGAUGUCAUAUGUAUUCCGGGGUACUAUGAUGUCAAAGUUGUUUUGAUUGGUUGACCGGAAUUAGAAAGACGCUCAUUGGCUGUCUCGUUUACACGAGAUUAG